AUGACGGAGGUCACUCCUGGCGAUCUGGCCAUCCUUCGUGGUCUCACGGGAGCGCCAACACCAGCGCUGACGAGGGCUAACGUCGCCGGACUGGCCGCUGCGCCCAUCGCCUCUUCAUCUCGAGACAAUCUGGAUGAUCACUCUCAGGCCGGCUCUCACGUCGCUCGGCUCAAGAACUGGGACAGACGGCCCCAGCUCGAUCCGCUCAUCUUGGAGACUGCAGCUCUGAGCGGUCCACAAGUGACGAGGAAUCACUUCCUGCACGAGUUUUAUCCCCAUCUGAACCCUUACCAGCGAUGCGACAUCGAAGCAGACGAUGCGCUUGAGCAAGAAGAUCUCGCGGAAGCAGUGACCGGGCUGCGCAUACGGGACAAGGAGGGCCACAAAGUACGCCUCAUCUCUCGACAGGCACCCCGACGAGAGCGACUGGCCAGGGAGGAACGCGAGCGCAAGGAGAAGAAAGCCAGAGAGCGGCUCGAGGAUCUGGCAAGGGAGAAGACCUGGGCGAAACAGCCCUCUUGGAUCGUUCCUCCCUCUGAACCGCCGGUACGAGCACGCGCACAUCGGCAAAGCACCUCUGGCUCGAGAGCGCCCGCGCCUGUUCCUGUGCCUGUCAAGGUCGUCUGUCAUGUACGCACAAGGGUGCCGACGCCGCACGGCGAGAUGUUCUUGCAUCUUUAUCGCAAUAGCAAGGACCGCAAAGAGCACCUUGCAUUCGUCAUGGAUCGCAACCAGCUCAGUGAGCCCAACGAAGCACAGGUCGGCACAGAUCAGGCGACAUAUAUCCGAUCACGCUCGCUUGAUGCCAGAUGGCGCAACACAGAGACAGAGACGGAACGACUUGUCCGAGGCGCUUUCGUCGGCAGACUCUCUGCCGCCCACGCCGAGCCAUCUACCUCGGUCGAGUACGUAGAACCUGUGGAUCGCGCCACAGGCGUGAACAUGAUGAGCGAGCCGCCGCUGGUCAGGAUACACAGCGAAUGUUUUACCGGCGAGACUAUUGGGUCUCAGCGGUGCGACUGCGGCGAACAGCUGGACGAAGCUUUCAGAUUGAUCGCUACACAUCCGUCUGGUCGAGGCGUCAUCGUCUAUCUUCGACAAGAGGGCCGAGGCAUCGGCUUGCUCGAGAAGCUAAGGGCCUACAACUUACAAGAUCUCGGUCAUGACACCGUGACUGCAAAUCUCCUCUUGGGUCAUGGCGCAGAUCUACGCACAUAUGAUAUUGCUGCCGCUAUCCUCAGAGAUCUAGGUAUCGAUCAGCUCAAUCUGCUGACGAACAACCCGGACAAGAUGCAGCAGCUCGAACGCGAGGGAAUCUCCGUCGCAGAACGCGUACCGAUGGUACCUCGAGCCUGGCGUACGCAGCUCGCUUCGACACACCGCCGGCGGCAUAAGAGGCGUCAAGAGGACGUUCGCACAGAUGUGCUCGAUUUCUCUACCGACCCAGAAGAUUCGGAUUCUGGCGCAGAAUCUGACGAGAAUCAUAUCCUGCGACGGUCUGGCGUCGGCAUGAUAGGCGCGGGCAUGACGCAGAGCACAGAGCUCGACAAGUAUCUCGAGACCAAAGUACAACGCAUGGGUCAUAUGCUCGAUCUACCCUCCGGUGCAAGUUCGCCCGACCUAGGCGCAACGCGACAGCGGAGUGCUGCCUUGCGACCUAUGGCCAGUGUGCCACGCGCAACGAUCCGCAGACCGUCCAAGAGUAAGCCCACACAUCGUGCAUUGGCCCAAGCGAGCAUCGUCGGUGGCAUACGAUCCCAGAUUGGCUCCCCAGAGCCCUUCCUUGGCGUACCAGGCUUAUCUCCAUCUCACUCGACGACACAGUCCAAGAGCACGGCGGCGACACCGAGCCAUACGAGUAAUUCUGAUGCCGAGAACGAGUCCAAUCGUAUGGCAGACUCGAUCCAGAGCAUCGGCGCUCUCACAGACAUACACACUGACCCGGAAAGCCUCGAUUGCAGCGAGGGCUGUAGCUGUCGACCCCACUCGUAA